UUUUCAGAUUAAUGUCAUGAUUCACCAUGUCUUUCCCACCACUGCCUCCUUUUCCUUAUUGUGGCACAGUUAAUGAUGGAGGAAUCAGGAGUUCCUAGCAUCACUUUCUUAAUCUACUCACCACCCAGACUAAACAACUGAGAAGCUGAAUUUUUAGACUAGCUAGAAUGAAGGCAUCUUGAAAUGUCAGGUGAUGCUUUGGUAAACAGAAGCCCAUCAGUGUGCACAAUAGAAGAGGACAAGGUUGUUAAUAACCUUGCAAUUUCUGAGGAUUUUUUUAAAGUUUUUUUAGUUUUCUUCCCUCUGAGUAUUUUACUUCCUCUGAGUUUUUCCUGUUAAUUUGGUUUGGUCUUUAUCUUCCACUUUAGAGGCUUUUCUUUUAAGUCUAGUCUCUUAUGUCCUUGAUGUCUGCUCAUGAUUAAUAGUGGAGAGCUAAAAGCUGAUUGGAAGGUCUGAGUGCAUGAUAUGGGCCUUCUCUACAUUAAACUUCAAUGGCUUAGAUGGCUUAUUUGUUGGAAAAUCCACAUAUGUCAGUAUUUUUCAAUCUUUCAUGUUGGGCUAGUCAGAGUCCCCAGAAAAGAGGCUUCCAAUCUGCUGCCUGGAGGCAGAGAUCUGGCACCCAUAUUCUGAAUGCUCUGUUGGAAAAGUGCUGAAUGUCUCUGCGUUCAGCAUUUAGUCACUUAAUUCCCAUUUUCACUUUUGUACCCAAGCUCUCAAUUAUACAUGAGUCUCCCAGGUCAGCAACCUUCUGUUUUAUUAUCUGGAGAGCAGAUAGUAGAGAGAUUUCAGUCCCCCCCUCCCAGAGGACAUUUAGCAAUAUCUGGAGACAUUUUUUAUUGUUAUGACUGGAGGUGUGGGGGGCUAGGUGCUACUGACAUAUAGUGGAUAGAGGGCAAGGAUGCUGUUAAACAUCCUACAGUACACAGAACAGUCCCCCACUACAAAGAAUGAUCUUGUCCAAAAUAUCAGUAACGCCAAGGCUGAGAAAUCUGGCUGUAGGAAAUACAUCUCAAAUCUGGUGAGAGUGGGGAGGGGCAGUUGCCCAGAGGUAUGGAGUAGAGGAGCAGAUCUAGAGAUCUGUCUACUUCUCAAGAACGUUUAACCCAGUCUUCCUUAUUCUAGCCACCGUCUUAAGCUAGUUCCAGAGGUACACAGUAUUGCCAAGUUUGAAGAUUAUGGUGUAAAUCCACUUUUUUCCCAGCUUUCUCUAUGUUGUCUUAGGAUUCAAAGCUAUCUCUGGUAUGCUAAAUUCGUCCAUCUACUUUCAAGUUUCCAAAAUUUUGUUGCUCUUGUCUCCUCUACUGUUUUCCCUAUCAAAGUGGCCCCUCACCCUUCUUCUGCAGUUUUGGUAGGGUUUCAAGAGGGAACAAAAUUAUGUGUGUAUAUUCAAUCUGCCAUAUUAAUCCAGAGCCAGAGAUCUCUAUUUCUUGACAUGGGGAUAUAUGCAUAGUAUAUUAAGAGAAAAGAAAGUAGGUUACAAUGUAUUAUAGAAAGUAUGAUUCUGUUCUUUAAAAAACAAGACAAAGCACAAACCUGUAACUAUUUAUAAUCUCUGUACAUAGAAAAGAAUUCUAGAAGAAUAAGUAUAAAAUGCAACAGUGGUUAUGUCCUGGUUGGUGGUAUGACUUUGAAUUUUUACUUUGUCCUUCACACUUUUAUAUGUAGUCCAAAGAUUUUGCAAUGAGUAUAUAUUCCUUUCAAAGAAGAUGUCAAGAAAAAUUAUCCAACACUUGAAAAUAAGACAAAAGAUGAUUGCAUAUCCUUUCACUGUCUUACCGGAACAUUGUUUUAACAGGUCCAACUGAGAAAUUCUAUAAGGAAUUAUGCUUUUGUUUGACAUACUGUUUAGUACUGAUUAGGGCCCAAACUCUGUUAUAUUUUUGCCCAGGAGAGAUGCAAAUUAUUUCUGUCUGGUAGAAACUAUAACUCCAGGGUUAUGGAUUUAUUACCUUGUAGGACAUUAACCAAUUUUGGAUUUAACCUAACAAUUAUAUUCCAACAUUCUUUCUUUAGUUCCUAUAUAAAUACCCAGUUUGAUCAAAUGCUCUAUGAAUUGACUUUACCAUUUUGCUGGUUCUCUCAUUGAAUUAAAUAUUUGACACAUUUUUAUAUUUGUAUAAGAGUUGUCUUUAACUUCUUGCAGAUUCUACUUUGACACAAAUGAAAUCAUAAAGCUAUUUCCAAUUUGGGGAAAGAAGAGAACUCUAAUGAAUACCACAGACAUGGCAAAGAAAACAAGUUCUCUGAUGUCUUGUGGCAAGAAGGGAAGGCCUCCGGAGCGGUGUACAGUAGUGAGAAGGAGCUCACUGAACGAACUCCUUGUGAAGGGACUCCACCGUACCUCAGCUGGGCCUCAUUGUUCCUGAACUGCAUUAGUUAAGAUUACCCAAACGUGGAUUUCAAAGGAAUACUUUCAUUGUUCCAUCUGUCACACCAAGUAAUUGGGGCCAGCUGGAUGUCAGGAUGCGCGUGGUAACCAUCUUAAUCCUGCUCUUCUUUUGUAAAGCCGCUGAGCGCAAAGGAAGCCCUGGGGGUGCGAGAAACCGAGUGAAUCACAGCCGGGCUGGUGGGAGCCGGAAGGGCUCCAGCCUGGUCAAACGCUACGCUCCAGGCCUCCCCUGUGAAGUGUACACGUAUCUUCACGAGAAGUACUUAGAUUGUCAAGAGAGAAAACUAGUUUACGUGCUGCCCGGCUGGCCUCAGGAUUUACUGCACAUGCUAUUAGCAAGAAACAAAAUCCGCGUACUGAAGAACAGCAUGUUUUCCAAGUUUAAAAAGCUGAAAAGCUUGGAUUUACAGCAGAAUGAGAUCUCCAAAAUUGAGAGUGAGGCUUUCUUUGGUUUAAAUAAACUUACCACUCUCUUACUGCAGCACAACCAGAUCAAAGUCUUGACAGAGGAAGUGUUCAUUUACACACCUCUCCUGAGCUACCUGCGUCUCUAUGACAAUCCCUGGCAUUGUACUUGUGAGAUGGAAACGCUUAUUUCAAUGUUGCAGAUUCCAAGGAACCGGAAUUUGGGGAACUACGCCAAGUGUGAAAGCCCACAAGGACUAAAAAAUAAAAAACUGAGGCAGAUAAAAUCUGAACAGUUGUGUAAUGAAGAAGAAAAGGAACAUUUGGAUCCAAAACCCCAAGUGUCAGGGAAACCCCCAGUCAUCAAGCCUGAGGUGGACUCUUCUCUUUGCCACAACUACGUGUUUCCCAUACGAACACUGGACUGCAAAAGAAAAGAGUUGAAGAAAGUUCCAAACAACAUCCCUCCAGACAUUGUUAAACUUGACUUGUCACACAACAAAAUCAACCAGCUUCGACCCAAGGAGUUUGAAGAUGCUCAUGAGCUAAAGAAAUUAAACCUCAGCAGCAACGGCAUUCAAUUCAUAGAUCCUGCUGCUUUUUUAGGACUCACACAUUUAGAAGAGUUAGAUUUAUCAAACAACAGUCUGCAAAACUUUGACUAUGGAGUAUUAGAAGACUUGUAUUUUUUGAAACUCUUGUGGCUCAGAGAUAACCCUUGGAGAUGUGACUACAACAUCCACUACCUCUACUACUGGUUAAUGCAUCACUACAACGUGCACUAUAAUGGCCUGGAGUGCAAAAUGCCCGAAGAAUACAAAGGGUGGUUUGUGGGAAAAUAUGUUCGGAGUUACUAUGAAGAAUGCCCCAAAGACAAAUUACCAGCAUACCCUGAAACAUUUGACCAGGAUACAGAAGAUGACGAAUGGGAAAAAAUACAUAAGGAUCACACAGCAAAGAAACAAAGUGUAAGAAUCACUAUUGUGGGAUAACUUAGAAAUUGUUCUGGUUGCAGCUAAUUUUGUAUUUGCUAAACUGGUGUUGGAAAACCACAUGUUUAGAUUUUGAUUAACUGUUUUACCUGUUUAGGCGAGGUUAUCCAGCUAAAGGAAGGUUCCCUUAAUUAUUAUUAUUGUUGUCACAGUAUAGUAAUCGAGGGAAUACUCUCCUGCUGCUUGCCUGCCUGUUUGCAGAACAGCUUUUGAUAGUGACUCCACACUGGUAACCUGCAGGAGUUGGGUCCUAAUGAUGGCAUUAGGAGGUCAUAAUGUUCUGUAUAAAUGUUUUUACUGCUUUUUGAAAAUUAAAAAAACCUGGUUCAUUUUUAUAUGCUUUUCAAGAGCUGCUUGCACAUACCUAAAGAUGAUCAAAAUGAAGAGAUACAAAUGCUUAGUAAUAAUAAAAUGUAAUUCUCUCCCCUCUGCCCCCCAACUUUU